UGUACAUAUUUGAAAGUCUGAUUUCAGUCCUUUAAAGGCUGUCUCAGAAAGAGUGGCAGCAAAAUUUGGAGAAGCUCAAGUUUUUCUCUCACUAUUGUGAAGCAGAGCGCAUUUCUGAAGCCAAACAGCAUUACCGCAGAAUAAAUAUGCUAAGCAUUGCGGGAAGCCGGUGAAGUCUUAAAUGAAAACAUUCACGUUAAUGUUUAACCCCUUUCACUUACACGAGAUCUCCACACAAGCGACAGAAUGAAGAACGCUGCCUGAAUUCUGCUGAAGGACAAGGGACUCUCUAUUUAUUUUUAUUAUGCUGCCGUCUCCUGGCUAAUUUUGUACAAGAUUAUCUGAACAGUUAAUUAAAACUAUGAUAAGAAGAGAAGACAGUAUCUGGAAGAUAAAAGAUGAACUUACUUGAUGCAACAAAAUCAGGAUUUUUAGUGUGCAUUGCUGUCUGUAUGUUCAUCUACACUUGCAUCUACCUAAAAAAUGUGCUUUCUGAAGAGCCAAAUGAACAAAAAUUUAACCCAAAUAUAGCAGAGUGUGGUUUUUACCCAGAUGAACUUUGUUCAGCUCUUUUUGUGGGGAAAGCUGCUGCCCUGAAAAUUGGAAACUUCUGUCAGAACACCUACCAACCUAAAACACUCAGUUGCAUUCAGACUUCCUGCAACUGCUCCAUGGUUUUGAAGAGUCUGCAUUUUAUCACAAGACCUCUGUCAGAUGAAGAAGGGAAUUUCUCAUUGGCAUACAUUAUCACAAUUCACAAGGAGCUGGAAAUGUUUGUAAAGCUGCUAAGGGCUAUUUAUAUGCCUCAGAAUAUUUACUGCAUACAUGUUGAUGAAAAGUCACCAAAAGACUAUAAAGCUGCUGUACAAAACAUCGUUAAUUGCUUUGAAAAUAUUUUUAUUGCCUCCAAAAGAGAAAAUGUUGUUUACGCAGGAUUUUCAAGAUUACAAGCUGAUAUUAACUGCAUGACUGAUCUAGUUCAUUCCAAAAUUCAGUGGAAUUAUGUUAUUAAUCUGUGUGGUCAAGAUUAUCCCAUUAAAACGAACAAAGACAUUAUACAAUACAUCAAAAGUAAAUGGAAUGGUAAAAAUAUGACUCCUGGGGUAGUCCAACCACUUCAUAUGAAACACAGGACACAGGUUAGCUACAGAGAACGUGUACAUUCUGGAAUGUCAUACGUGUAUCCAACAAAGAAUAUAAAAACUAAACCUCCAUAUAAUUUGACAAUAUAUUUUGGUAGUGCCUAUUACAUCCUCACAAAAGAAUUUGUAAAGUUUACAUUGACUGAUGCACGUGCAAAAGAUUUGCUUGAAUGGUCAAGAGACACGUACAGUCCGGAUGAACACUACUGGGUCACUCUGAAUCGUUUAAAUGAUGCUCCAGGGGCUACACCCAAUGCAGACUGGGAAGGAAACAUCCGAGCCAUUAAAUGGAAAGAUCAAGAAGGAACUGCACACAAAGGCUGCAAUGGUCAUUACAUCAGAGACAUUUGUGUCUAUGGACUAGGGGAUUUGCAGUGGAUUAUUGAGUCACCUCAUUUGUUUGCCAACAAAUUUGAGCCUGCAACGUACCCACUUGUCAUGGACUGCCUAGAGAGACGCUAUAGGCUCAAAGUCCUGCACCAGGCAGAAGUCUCAAUUGAAGAUCACUGGCGUUUUCAGGAAGAGAACUACUUCAACAUGAAACUGAACAUUUGA